AUGCUCACGACGGCGAAGGUCCACUGGUGGCUGCAGCGGGUGUGGUGCUCCCCGACGACGACGGCGCGGCCACUUCAGAGUGCAGCGGCGUGUGGCCGCGGGUAUGGUGCUCGCCGGCGAACUCGGUCAUUCGGGCAAUUUUUUAGGGACGGUCAUCGGCGGCAGAGUGAGCUUGUCAGCGAUAGGGUGAUGUUCUCAGAGUUGGAGGUCGUAUCCCCACCCCCAAUUUGUUCAAUUCUCGACAAUAAUGACGACACACCAUUUCACGUUGCUUCAGUCUUCACCAGGAUGAAGUCGGCCGAUUUCAGGAGCGGGCGACCGGCGAUGUCUGGAAAGAGCAGUCGGAGGGAUGGCGGCGGCGGCGGAUGA